GUGCACUCUGCUCUACUAAACAGAAACAUACAGGUCCAAAGAUCACAUAUUGUGGAGCUCAUAGGUUAGUUUAGUGGUCGUAAGCUCCAGGUCACGAUACGUGUAUUUAGCAGGUUAUUUGUAUACUUAACACUAGUCUCUCGGUUUCCAAUUAAGCUUUUUUUUUCCUUUCUUUUUUUUUCUUUCCAUUUAUCCAUUUACUUGUACAAACAGGCAUCAGACACUUGUAUCGGAUACCUGCUCUGGUCCUGUCUGCUGUUUUGGCAGACCAUGAGGAAAAUGGCUAAUUUUUUAUCAACGUGCAUGUUUAUUUUGAUAGCGUCUCACCUGGUCGACUCGUCCGGUGUGUUUGAGCUGAAAGUGCACUCGUUUACCAGCCCCGGAGGUGUGUGUAAGAACUCGCAUAAGAACUGCCUCAUCUUCUUCCGUGUGUGUCUCAAACACACUCAUGAUGUGAUGUCGGCUUAUCCCUCGUGCUCCUACGGUUCCGGACGCACAGCCAACCUUAGCGCAGAGCCGAGCGCCAUCUCCAACAGCGCACCUAUUAAAGUAAACUUCACUUUCAAAUGGCCGGCAAGGUUUUCCGUGAUAAUUGAAGCUUGGUAUGCAGACUCCUCAUCAGAAGAUCAAAGCAACCGGAUCAGCUUCCUAGCCACUAAAGGGAGUGUAACAACUGGGGAGAACUCUGUGCAGGACGAGCGACUCGGGGAGCAGAGUGAACUGCGUUACUCUUACCAUGUAAUGUGCGACGAGUUUUACUACGGAGAAAGCUGCUCGGAUUACUGCCGCCCGCGCAACGACACCUUCGGCCACUACACCUGUGACUCCACCGGACAGAGGAUCUGUUUACCUGGCUGGAACGGCGAAUACUGCACUGAUCCCAUCUGCUCGCCUGGCUGCAGUGAGAAAAACGGUGAUUGUAAGACCCCUGGAGAGUGCAAGUGUCGCCUCGGGUGGCAGGGCCCCCUAUGCAACGAGUGCCAGCAGCACCCUGGGUGUGUGCAUGGAACCUGUGACCAGCCUUUUCAGUGCAAUUGCAAGGAAGGCUGGGGCGGCCUGUACUGUAACGAAGAUCUUAACUUCUGCACCAAUCAUAAACCUUGCAAGAAUGAUGCCACAUGCACAAACACUGGCCAGGGGAGCUACACCUGCACCUGCAAACCUGGCUUCAGUGGUACCAACUGUGAGAUCGAGACCAAUGAGUGCAACAGCAAUCCAUGCAAGAAUGGUGGCAGCUGUAACGAUUUGGCGAAUGACUACUCGUGCACAUGCCCCCAGGGUUUCUAUGGAAAGAAUUGUGAGGUCAGCGCUAUGACCUGCGCAGACGGACCAUGCUUCAACAGUGGAACAUGUGUGGAGACAGAAACUGGAAGUUACUCCUGCCGCUGCCCUCCUGGAUACAUGGGCUCCAACUGUGAGAAGAAAAUUGACCGCUGCAGCAGUGACCCCUGUGCCAACAGAGGCCAGUGUCUAGACCUGGGUCACAGAGUUGUGUGCCAGUGUCGCCCCGGCUUCACAGGACUGCGUUGUGAGAUAAACAUUGACGAGUGUGCCCGUAACCCGUGUCGCAAUGCGGGCACCUGUGUGGAUGGCAUUAAUGACUACACAUGCAGGUGCACGUUGGGCUUCACAGGCAAGGAUUGCACCAUGCGUGCUGAUGCAUGCAGCUUUCUCCCCUGCAAAAAUGGCGGCACAUGCUACACUCACUUCAGCGGGCCUGUGUGCCAGUGCCCUCCAGGAUUCAUGGGUUUGCGCUGCGAGUACGACCAGCUACCCACAAAUACUCCUGUUGUACCUAGUUUCCCCAUUGCCCUGGCCAUCUCCUUUACUCUGGGCCUCAUCACCUUGACGCUGGUGCUGUGUGCUACCAUCAUCCUCCUCAAGCAGAUGAGACGUGGAAACAGAUCUAUGUUUUCUGCAGUGCGCAAUGAUCUGGACACCAUCAACAAUCGCAACUCGGUGAUCUCUAACACUCAGUCCAGCUACAAAGAGAAAGAAGCUUUACUCAUCCCUGGUGGACUGUUCAAGGUGUCCAACAAGGAUGCGGAGCUUAGCUCUGGCAUCAUAGAUACACUUUGUAAAGAUAACAACAAGCAAAAGAUGUUGGAAUAUAAUCUUGCCAAAGAUGAGAAAAAUACAAAAGAUAAACUAGACCUGAAAAACUCAGAGUCCUCUAUAUUAGUUCCUCCUUUGAGCUUCCCUAAAGGUGAUUUGUAUCAUCCUGUAUACAUCAUUCCUGAGCCACGUGUUUUUGCUACUGAGGUUUAACAGUAUUGUAUUAACUGGAGCACCUCAAUCAACAUCAGGCCUCGUCUGAACAUGUUUACAAGCGUUUAAAGAACAGUUGAAGAGACUAUAUAUAUAUAUUACAUUGACAUAUUUAAUAUUUAUUGAUGCUGCUCAUAAGAGAGGACUACUUUUUGUUUUGGACGUUGCAUUGGCAAGCGAAGAAAAGAGCUUUAAGAGGGGUGAAAUUGCAUAAUUUGCACUACAAUUUACUAUAUAUAUACGUGUGUAUAUAUACAU